AUGGAGGCACUCCAGCAGCAGCAGCGGCUUCGAGACGAUCAGAUGGGGAAAAAAGGGGCAUCGUCUUCGGCCACGCUCAACCUGAGCAAUUCGCCCAAUUCCCAGCACCCAAAGUACGCGGUCAUGGUCCGCGACGCCAUCGUCUCCACCAAGCAGCGCAAGGGGGCUAGUGCGCUGAGCAUUGCCAAGGCGAUCCAGAGCAAGCACAAGGGCCAGCUCCCCGACAACUUCCGCAAGAUGCUCACGCUCCAGCUCCGCAAGCUCGUCCGCUCCGGCCGGAUCGUCAAGGACCAGUCCAAGUUCCGAUGCACGCCCUGGUUCAAGAAGAAUCCCCAAGCAUCCCUCGUCAAGCAGACCGAGGAGCCGCAGCCAUCUAGACGUCGCCGGCCAAGAACCAGAGCGCCAUCAAGCCAGAAGAAGAGGACAAGAUCUUGCGGCCCGAAGAAGCCCAGAAACACAAAGAGACCGCGACGAUCACAAUCGACUAGAAAGAUCUCACCAGUGAAAAAAUCAAACAAGAAGAAACUUAAGACGAGGAAGACAAAGAGGAGCAGUCAGCAAGAGCGGCGGUCCAGGUCGAGGGCGAGGGCGAUGUCACGGUCAAAGUCAAGGUCAAAGUCGCGACGACCAGCGCUGGGGCGCAAGCGCAACAAAGCCGCCAAGAAGAAGCCGGCGGCAAAGAGGCACAGGAAUAUUCGCAAGCGCGGACGCUACUGA